GGGGUGUCUAAGGGGCUCUUCCACGGGUUGAACUUCCUUUCACUCCGACAUCUUGACGAGGAAACAUGCCUCCCAAGCAGGAUAAGAAGAAGGACGCUGGGAAGUCCAAGAAGGACAAGGACCCAGUUAACAAGUCCGGGGGCAAAGCCAAGAAGAAGAAGUGGUCCAAGGGAAAGGUGAGGGACAAGCUCAACAACCUGGUUCUCUUCGACAAGGCUACCUACGAAAAGUUGUACAAAGAGGUGCCCAACUACAAGCUCAUCACCCCCGCUGUUGUGUCUGAGAGGCUGAAGAUCCGUGGCUCCCUGGCCAGGAACGCCCUCCAGGAGCUGCUCUUCAAAGGCAUGAUCAAACUCGUGUCCAAACACAGAGCACAGCUGAUCUACACCCGUAACACCAAGGGUCCAGAGGAGGAGGCAGCACCAGAGGAGAAGGAGAAGGAGGAGAAGAAGGACAAGAAGGCAGAAAAGGCGGAGAAGGCAGAAAAGGCGGAGAAGGCAGAAAAGGCAUAAGUAGGUUCUCCGGUUUCCUCUGAGCUGUUUGUAGUACAAGGUGAAUAAAAAUGUAAAGACAAAAUCA